CACAAAUUAUUAAACAUUCAGAAUCUCGGAAGUUUAAACUUUAAAGUUUCGUGAUUUUCAGAUUGGUUUGUAUUUGGAUCCCAAGAGUUGAUAUUCUGAGAUCGGAAUCCAUUGGAUCUCAAUGAGUCUCGUUGAUUUUGUGCUAAUUUUGUACUGAAACUGAGAUUCAUGUUUUCUGUUUCGCAAUUUUAAUUAAAAUGAAUUUUCGACUAAUCAAAAAUUUCAGUUUAGUCGCCAACAGUUUUUCUAAUGUGUUGUUGAAAGAAAGUUCCAUUAACAAUUUGAUCUCCUUGAAUAAUGUAAAAAACAUCAACUGCCAUCAAAUCAGGUGGAGCACAUCGUUUUUCAAUAGAUUAAAUGCUCAUCAGAUUUGGAAAGGGGUGACCAGUGUUAGUAAUGCUGGUAAAAAGAGAGGUAGAGGUAAAGGUGCCGGUGGUAAGAGAGCCAAAGAUUUGAACAAAGGUCAGCAAAUUGGAAUCGGUAAAUUGAAUAUAAUCUGGCCUGGUCUUAAUAGUCAAGUAGUUAAAGGAAGGGAAGUUGUGGAAAUCAAGCAAAUGCCACAAGAUGAUUCUUACUCUCAAAAUUUGGUGGAAAUUCGUAAUCAGCUGGAUACAUACAUGAAAGUCCGAGUGAAUCCUCUGAGCAGAGGCUGGUGGGGUUCACCUCAUGGUCUGUGGUCCAGAGGCAAAGAUGUUUUCCCUGGUGAAGAGGGACUCGUUGAUUUCGUUUGCACUACGAUACAAUCAAAGUUAAAAAUGACUCCAAGAGCUGGUAAAGGAAAGUUGCCCAAUUUGCGAACUCUCGCCAUUAUUGGAAAUCAAAAUGGAUGCGUUGGUUUAGGCAAAGCGAAUGCUGACAACAUGAGAGAUGCAAUCAAACAUUCGUAUAUUGCUGCUUCUCGAAAUUGCAUUUCAGUUCCAAUUUGCGAUGGACACACAAUUUAUCACGAUUUCCAUGCAAGAUUCUUUUGCAAUAAAGUCUAUGCAUUCAAAAUGCCUCCCGGAUACGGAUUAGUUUGCCACCGAGUGAUCAGAGAUAUUUGUAUUGCUGUUGGAAUCAAGGAUAUUUGUGUUAAGCAUGAAGGUAACACUGAAAACUAUUUCAAUAUGGCUCGUGCCUUUAUCACCGGACUUUUCAAUCAGAAGAGUUUCCAGGAGAUGGCCGAUGACAAGAAACUUCAUCUUGUCGAGUUUCGAGAGGAAACUGGCCUUUACCCUCGAGUACUCGCUAGUCCAAGUGAUGGAAAAGUCCGAAAACUCACUGAGGUGCAGCAAGACGAAUACACCGACUUUCAUAUGUACGUCAACAAUGGACAAGUCAUGGAACUAAAUCCUAAAAAGUAUCCUGCUUACGUUCGUACUUUGGGCUAUGGAAAACACUUGAUAAAGUGGCAUUAUCAAAAGAAUAGACAGUUAGUGAGAGCGCAAUUGAGAGCGAAAUAUGGAGCAGUGGAGAGUUUCCUUACGCUUCGGGAGAAGGAAGAACGAGCCCAGAAAAAGAGCCAAAUUUUCGAUCAAGUGUCAAAACAGACAGAUGAAAAUUCGCCUCAACAAGAACUGUAAACUAAUCCUUGCCUCGAGCUUUGGAGCCUUGUAAUUAGUUGAAAUUAAAUUAGACUUUGUUUUCUUAUCACAA